CAGUCACAAGGCGGUCCGAGUUGGACCUCCCGGCUCGGCGGCUCCUGAGUAAUCCGAUUCCAGCUUGCUGCAUCUGUAGAAGUCUCGUGGUUUUGUUGCAGAUGUUUGAUUUGAACUCAAAUUAGUUGCUGCCGAGCUGGAAACUUCUCCAACACCACCGUGCUGGACCUGGGGGCUUUUGUCUCAGCAGUAGCAGCACGUUAGUGCACAGCACUCAAUCCCACCUAACUCCACAAAACCCUAAUUCUCCAUUCGGAAGUCCUGGGUGUGAAAAUGCCGUUCAUUUCACAAAUACAGCGGCAAUCCGAUUUCAAUCUCUUCCCCUCCACUACGCCCAUCGUCAUCGACAAUGGCGCCUCCUAUUUUCGUAUCGGAUGGGCCGGAGAGACGGACCCUCGUGUUAUUUUCCGCAACAUUGUCCAGAGGCCGAGGCAUAAAGCUACUGGCGAAACUGUAAGUAUUGUUGGUGAUCACGAUCCUGCACUGUUGAAAUACUUUGAUUGCACUCGGUCAGGGCCUCGUUCAGCUUUUGAUGGCAAUGUUGUAUAUCAGUUUGAAAUAAUGGAAUACAUUCUUGACUUUGGCUUUGAUCGGAUGGGUGCAAAUGGAGCAGAGAUUGAUCAUCCUGUACUGAUUACAGAAGGCGUGUGCAACCCUGUUCAGUCUCGUAGUAAAAUGGCUGAACUUCUUUUUGAAACUUAUGGCAUUCCAUCAGUAGCAUUUGGUGUUGACGCUGCAUUCAGCUAUAAGUAUAAUCAACAACUUGGGGUUUGUGAUAAAGAUAGCCUUGCUAUCUGCCCAGGGUUUUCCACAACUAAUGUGAUUCCGUUUAUUGAUGGGGAGCCUGUUUACAAAGGAAGCUGCCGAACCAAUAUCGGUGGAUACCACAUCACCGAUUAUUUGAAGCAACUUCUUUCACUUAAAUACCCUUAUCACAUGGCUAGGUUUACAUGGGAGAAGGCUGAAGACUUGAAGAUGGAGCAUUGUUAUAUCGCUCCAGAUUAUGCUUCUGAAGCUCGAUUGUUUCAGAAAGGGACUAAGGAAGCUGAAGAUAAAACCAGGUCUUGGCAGUUACCAUGGAUUCCACCACCAGCUGAGGAGCCUCCUUCAGAAGAAGAGAUUGCUAGAAAGGCUGCCAUAAAGGAGAAACAAGGUCAAAGGUUGCGAGAAAUGGCCGAGGCAAAGAGGUCAUCUAGGAUUAAUGAACUAGAAAAUGAAUUGCAUGGUUUGGAAUUUCUUUUACAGCAGCUUGAACAAGUGGAAGAUGAUGAUAUUCCAUCGUUCCUGUCAGCAACGGCCUAUGUCUCCAAGCAGGAAAUAGAAUCUGCCCGCCAGAAAGUCUCACAAUCUUUACGGAAAACAAAAGGUGAACCAAAGGGUGACCAAGUGGAAGCUGAGGAGAAGAUUGAUCUUGCUCAAAACGAAAAGUUUCCUCUUAUCGAUAUUCCUGACAACAUGCUGACACCGGACCAGCUGAAGGAGAAGAGGAGGCAGUUGUUUCUUAAAACCACAUCUGAAGGCAGGCAGCGAGCUAAACAGAAACGCUAUGAAUCGGAAUUAGAACAAGAAAGAAAAAAUCAACAAGAUGAAGAAAAACGCUUAGAGAACCCAGAGCUUUAUUUAGAGCAGCUGCGUGAUAAAUACAAAGAGCUUUCCGAGAAAGUCGAGCAGCGAAAGCGUCUUAAAACAAAUGGGAACCAUACAAAUGGAAAUAGUAUGUCUGGAGCUGUUGGUCGUGGUGAGAGAUUGAGUGCAGCCCAGAGGGAAAGGAUGCGCCUCUUAACUACAGCAGCCUUUGAUCGAGGAAAGGGCGAGGAUACUUUUGGUGCCAGGGAUGAAGAUUGGCAACUUUACAAACUGAUGAGCAAAGAUAAUGAUGAUGAUGAUGAGGGACCAGAUCAGGAGGAAGCAGAACUGACUCGCAUAUCUUCCAGGCUCCAGGAAAUAGAUCCGACAUUUGUUCCCAAGUCAGAAUUAGGCACCUCUCAACCUGUUGAAGUACCACGAUUUCGUCCUCUGACCAAGGAAGACUUCCAGAUUGUUCUUGGAGUAGAAAGGUUCCGAUGCCCGGAAAUUUUAUUUCAUCCCAACUGGAUAGGGGUGGAUCAGGCAGGGUUAGAUGAGAUGGCUGGGAACUCAAUAAGGAGGUUGCCAUCCGUGGGUCAAGGUGUGGAGGAGAGACUGACCAAUUCAAUAUUUUUGACCGGUGGCAGUUGUCUUUUUCCUGGUAUUGCGGAGCGCUUGGAAGCAGGAAUCCGGAUGAUUAGGCCAUCUGGGUCGCCUAUAAAGGUGGUAAGAGCAGUUGAUCCUGUUCUUGACGCAUGGCGUGGGGCUGCUGCUUAUGCUGUUGAUCCACUGUUUCCAACACAAACUUUCAGUAGAACAGAUUACUUUGAGAAGGGUGAAGACUGGCUUCGCAGAUAUCAGCUGCGAUAUAGUUUGUAAAUGAUUCGGUCUGGGUGCAUUGGUGUAAAUCGUCACGUUAUAUGACUCUUAAGUCCAUUAAAUUCUAGACUUUUCCCAACCACACAAGAAUCACAGAUACGAUUGGGUAGUGAGAUAACCUCAGAUAUUUUGUGAAUAAUAGUGAAAAGUAAUGAUAGAA